AUGGCUGCAAACCUUGGAACUGGCCUCGGGGCUGCCAGGCUGGGACUCGGCACAGGGUAUGGCCUAGGCAACGGGCUGGGAGCAGCCUUAGGUUAUCCAGCAGGGAACCUCGGAGGAAGAGGUUACACCAGUAAUGGCUAUGGAGCGCAGCUAGGUUAUGGCGCAGGAGGAUACCCCGCCGCUGGACGCGGAUACGGCCUUGGUGCUGCUGGCUAUCUUGGAGCUGGUUUUACUAACGGUUAUGGAGCAGGUCUAGGGGCAGGUGGAUAUCCACAGGGAGUUCGAGCAGGAAAGCAGAUUGCAGGCUACAGCAAUGGAUACGGCAGUGAGGUUUAUGGCACAGCAGACGGUUAUGGAGCAGGACCUGCCUACCCAUCAGUGUUAGCUGAUCAUUUUGGCCUGAACGGUAUAGCUGGUCUUGGAGCUGGAGGCCUUGGAGGUCCAGGGCUGGUAGUGAACCCCGGCCUGGGUGCUGAUGCCAAGUCUAGAAAAUAUGGGGCAGGUGGAGUUCUUGGAGCUGCCGGAUCCUUGCCUUACGGUGGCCAGCCUGUGGUCUCAGCUGGACUUGGCCCCCAAGGCAAGGCUGGUAGUUAUGGUGGAGCUACAUAUGGAGGAAUACCAACCCUUGGGCCAGACACUUCUUUGGGUGGUACAGGUGGAGCGAUGGAGCCAUUAGCAGGCGGAGCUGUAGGCCAGAUUCCUUACAGCGCACCAGUCAUUGCAGCUGGGCUUGAUGUUGAUGCUGGUUAUCCUUUUGGUGCUGAGCAACUCAGUCUGGGUGCUGAUGCUACAAAGACAGCCGCCAAAUAUGAUGAGAAUAUAAGCAGUUUUGUUUUAUCCAUAUACACUUAA